AUGAUAUCAUUCCAACCUGGGAACUUCACCUUGUAUGCAUUGAUCUUUAACAAUCCGCUCUUUUACGACUGCAUGCUAUGAGAAACGAGUACUGCAAAGCACCAUUUCUUUCAAUUGUUCUGACCCCUGCGGUGUUCUGACUGGCGUGGUCAUAAUAUUCAUCAAGCGUUGUUGUAUUGGUCAAUGACAUUGACAUGCCACCACCUCUUCCACCCCAAAAUCUCAGUCUAAGUAUCACCAACCCGUUGAUACUCUACCGCGCCCUCGUCGCGACCAAAAAAAUCAAGCCCGACCCCGCGCAGCACCGUCUCGCACUGCAACUACAGAAACUUUAUUUCCGGCUCAAGGACUACGCUCCGGAGGUCGAGUAUUGGUACCGUCUUGAAAAGAUUGGGCGGAGUGUUCCUGUCAAGCGUUCGAGGAGCACCAACGACGAGCCUGAGGCUGGAGAGCAUGGCGCCGAGCAGAGGUCCAGGUCCAACCACCGGUCUGAUUCGGGGCCACACCGUGGAAGCAGAGGCGGAGUCCUGUCGUCGUUAUUAGCCCGAGCAUCGAAUUCAUCAUCGACAUUAGCAUUGACACGGACCCUCCCCUUACACGAUUCAGCAUUGUCAAUCGAUUCCCCACGGGGCAUGUUACUCUACGGCGAAGUCGGGCGCGGAAAAUCCAUGCUCCUCGAUUUACUUUACGAGUCGUUACCCUCACGCAAGAAACGCCGGUGGCACUAUAACACGUUCAUGCUCGAUGUCUUUCGGCGGAUUGAGCUUGCUAGACUGCAACAGAUUGAAGCCCGACCGAGUUUGUUCGGUCGAGCGACCUCCGAAAACGAGCAUGUUGUCUUACGGCUGGCGCGGGACACUGUGUGUGACAGUCCGAUAUUGUUCCUCGAUGAAUUCCAGAUGCCGGAUCGGACUGCGAGUAAGCUUGUUGGCGGGUUCUUUACGAGUUUCUUCCAUCUGGGGGGUGUGCUGGUGGCGAGUUCGAAUCGGAUGCCCGAGGAGUUGAGUAAGGCUGCGGGGAUUGAGUUUUCGGAACUGAAGAGACGGUUUAGCGGUGGUGGAGGGCUGUUUGGGUUAGGAUGGGGACUUGGAAGGGCGAGUGAAGGGGAGAAGAGUGCGAGGUCUGAUUUUGGGAUGUUUCUUGAUGUGUUGAGGGCGAGAUGUGAGGUUUGGGAGAUGGAGGGGGAGAGGGAUUGGAGGAGGGAGAUUUAUCAUGAUGAGGUAGGUGAGCAGGAUCAGGAUGUCGAGGGGAUCAGUGACGAGGGAUAUGUGUCGGGGUCGGAGGCAGAGUCAGUGGAGACGGAAGGAGUGUCUGUUUCGACAACGAGGACGACGACGACAUCAACCACUACCAAAACAACAGCGACGGCAACUACUACGACGACAACGACUGCCGUCAGCACAGAAGAUGACGGACUGUCCGCAGACUCGCCGCCUCACUACCACGUUAUUGUCCCAUCGUCACCGUCUGGGUCCUUUGCUACGGACCUACGCACGCUCAACCCAUCAGAUACAUGGACGUCAACUACGUUGACCGUGUAUGCACGCCCGUUGCACUUACGCGCGACGCACGGCGGCAUUCUGAAGUCUAGUUUCUCAGAUUUGUGCGCCACGUACCUCGGUCCAGCAGACUAUGUGUCUCUAUGCUCGACAUUCCACACGCUCAUCAUCGCCGACGUGCCUGUUCUGACCUCCAUCCAGAAAAAUGAGGCGCGUCGAUUCAUCACCCUUCUCGAUGCCCUGUACGAGGCUCGCUGUCGAUUACUGAUCGAAGCGGCUGCUCCGCCUGAUAAAUUGUUCUUUCCAGAGACGAGGCGGAGAGCGGGCGUACAUGACGUCGAGGAGUCCGAUAGUAUCACCUCCGAAGCGUUUUCCGAGAUGUAUCAGGAUUCGACGGCGCCGUUCCGCCCGAACGUGUCGAUAUACGCGGGGCGGAAUGAGCGGGAUGCUGGCCUGCAACAACAGGCCUUUACUGCGUCGCUGCUUGACUCCUCGCGUCGAUCCGUGCUGGCGGAUGAGGAUGCUGAUUUUGGGCCUACAUAUGGGAAUGGACGGGGUCGUGGGAUGUCGAACUCCGAUGUUGAGGACGCAGUGGCGAGACAGGCCAUUGGUCCGGAUUUUACGUCCACGGGCGUGUUGACUGGGGAGGAUGAGCGGUUCGCGUAUAAGCGGGCGAGGAGUCGGUUGUGGGAAAUGUGUGGACGACGGUGGUGGGAUGAGCGGCUAGCCGUGAUGGAUGAUAUGGAUGAGAAGAGAUGGUGGCGGCCGCUUGAUCGUCAGGGACGGACGUGGGAGUCGUUCAAGGAUCAGAGAGCAAAAGGCUCUGAAGUGGGUAUUGUUCAGUCAGGUAUGGGCGUUGUGAGUGGACAUGACGAAGGCAAUGACCCGAGAACGAGUUCAUUGUUUCGACAUGGUGCAUCGCCCUAUCGCACGGCGGAAUCACCACCGCCGAAGUUUGGUUUCCAACAUGCUUGGGGAAUGAUGAAAUGGGGAAAGAAAGCUGGACAAUGGGGCAAAGGGACAGACGCAUACAACGAGGAGAAUGGUGAGACAGGCAAGGGAAGUGACGAGGAACGAAAGAAACGGUAAAUUCGGACGUUGCUUUUGC